AUGAGUUUUUACAGGGAACGCCAGGAAACCCUCACUGUGCAUGGGUUAAAGGAAACUGUGCAGGAUAGUCUUGCUAAGUAUUUGUACUCCAAUGCCAUUUUUUGCGCGGAGAGACUUUAUGCAUUGUCACCGACACACGAGUCAUUACACACACUGGCCCAUUGCUAUGUUACCAGUGGGGACGCUGGAACAGCCUACCGCCUUUUGCGGACGCACUACCCCUUUUUGCUGCCAACUACUGUCGCUUCGAGCACCACAAACAGUAGUCUUAGUGGCCGCAGCGGUGGCAGUGGAGGCGGCCCCGCUGCCGACGCUGCGGCGCGAUGGGACUGUCAGUAUCUUUUGGGAGUGACAUGUGGGAUGACGCAGCGGUACAUGGAAGGGGAGGGUUUUCUCGAGGAACUUGAGCGGCAUCGAUCGAGUUCGGAGGUGCUGUAUUGGUUGGGUGUGUGCCGCCAGCAUCUUCGUCGUAGUUAUGCGGAGGAGACGUUUGCCAAGAGUGCCCUGUUAGAUCCACUCAAUUUUAUGGCGUUUGAGAACCACAUGAAGAUGACACUGGCCCCACGCAAAGAAGUGCGCGCUAUAUAUGCAGAUGCAGGGCCUGUGGCAGUGACGGAAAAUGCCAUGCGUCGUUCUUCAAUGAGUGAGGCGGGGGUGGCGGGUGCGGGUGGCUCUCAACAACACAUGAGACGGGAGGCAGUGCGGCUACACUUGUCACAUUUUGCUUCGGUUACUUUCAUGCAGUGGACCUAUCGAUGCAAAGAGGCUCGGGAAUUGCUUCAACAUGAAAGUUUUCCCGAGCGAGACUCGGGAUGGGCACUUGCAGCCCUUGCCAUGGCGUAUUUUCACGACGGCGAUGUGGAGAACGCAGCCAGGGUGUUUGCGCAAAUGAGGCGGGUGGCGCCGUGGCGGCUGGCGGACCCGGCGCUGGUCUCCUAUAGCACUGCCUUGUGGCAACGCAAGGAGAUGGGAACCUUAGGUUCCCUCUCGCAAACGCUUAUUAACGAAAUGCCUGCCUCACCUAUCACGUUGUGUGUUGUGGCAAACGCGUACAGCCUUGUUAAGGAGUCAAAGGAGGCUCUGUGUAUGCUUAACCGCGCCAUUCAAGUAGAUCACGACUUUGCGUGUGCCCACACCCUGCGUGGGUACGAGCUACUCUACUUGGACCUAAAGUCAGAGGCGGUGGAUGCGUUUCACGAGGCAAUUUUGAUCGAUGUUGGUCACUACAAUGCCUACGCCGGUCUUGGUGAGUUAUACUUUAGAAGCGAAGAUUUGCAAAAGGCACGCCAUUACUUUCGACAAGCCUUCAGUAUUAACCCUCUGCCAACCAUCGUGAACCGAUACGCCGCCACAUACCACCGACGUGGUGCCUCGCGGGAGAGUUUGAAUGAGGCGCUACGCAUCUACGAAAGCGCCAUCCGACGACACCCGAGCAACCUUGGUGCCCGCCAUCAACGUGCGGAGGUGCUGAUUCAUCUUGGGCGCCUCGACGAGGCCCGUAGGGAAUUGUUGGGGAUGACGAAAGAGUGCCCGGAUGAGGCAAUGUUGUACGUAACGCUUGCGAAAUGCGUGCAUCUCAUGGGCCUGCCGGAUCAGGCGUUGCAGUACUACCACACCGCGAUGGAUUUGGAUCCACGAAGAGCCGGGUACAUUAAGAGCUGUUUAGAGAGACUGGGGAUGGGCGACUCAGAAGGUCUGGAACCGAAUACCUAA